CCGGAAGCAGGUUGUUGUUGUUUAUUUUAUGAACCGGCGGCCGGUACCGGGAUUUACCGGGAUCUAAUGAGUUUAUCCGGUCAUGAGAAGAGUCACGUUGUUCGUUAACGGAACCUCCUCCAACGGAAAGGUGGUGGCGGUGUGCAGUUCUCUGGAGGAGCUCCUGUCGGUGGCCAGCUCUAAGCUUGGGAUCAGAGCCUCCGGUGUUUCUACCGGGACCGGCGGCCUCAUCGAUGACGUCACGCUCAUCAGAGAGGACGACGUGCUGUACGUCUCAGAGGAUCCAUCUGAAGAUCGUCAGGAUGACCUCACCGACCCUGAGAAGGACCAGACUCACACUGAUUGGCUGACGCUCAACGUGGGCGGGCGCUGCUUCACCACCACCAGGAGCACGCUGGUCAGUAAAGAGCCUGAGAGCAUGCUGGCCCACAUGUUCAGAGAGAAAGAUGUUUGGGGGAACCAUCGUGACUCUCAGGGAGCGUUCCUCAUCGACCGGAGUCCAGAAUACUUUGAGCCCAUUCUGAACUAUCUGAGACACGGACAGCUGAUCAUCAACGACGGCAUCAACCCUCUGGGUGUUCUGGAGGAAGCUCGCUUCUUUGGGAUUGAACAGCUGGCGGAACAGCUGGAGACACUCAUCAAGUCCUCUCAGCCUCCUGAUGAUCAUUCUCCUCUGAGCCGCAAAGAGUUCAUCAGAUACCUGCUGGCCACGACCACCAAGGCUGAGCUACGCUGUCAGGGUCUGAACUUUAACGGGGCAGAUCUGUCUCGUCUGGAUCUGCGCUACAUCAACUUUAAGAUGGCCAACCUGAGAGGAGCCAACCUGACCCACGCUAACCUGAGCGGGGCCAACCUGGAGAGAGCUGACCUGUCCCUGGCCUGCCUCGAUGCAGCCAACCUGCAGGGGGUGAAGAUGUUGUGCACCAACGCUGAAGGAGCGUCGCUGAGAGGAUGUAACUUUGAGGAUCCUGCAGGAAUCAAAGCCAACCUGGAAGGAGCCAACCUGAAGGGCGUGGACAUGGAGGGCAGUCAGAUGACGGGGAUCAACCUGAGAGUCGCCACGCUGAAAAAUGCCAAACUAAAGAACUGUAACCUGAGAGGAGCGACGCUGGCCGGGACCGACCUGGAGAACUGUGACCUGUCAGGAUGUGACCUUCAGGAGGCCAACCUGAGAGGCUCCAACGUGAAGGGAGCCAUCUUUGAGGAGAUGCUGACUCCUCUGCACAUGUCCCAGAGCGUCCGCUAGAACCACCAGAGCGUCCGCUAGAACCACCACAUCGUUUCCCAGUGACUCACUGGUCCUGGUCCCAGUAUCAGUGAUGAAUGUUGGUCAAACCACCACAUGAUGAUGAUGAUGAUGAUGAUGAUGAUGACCUCAGUCCUGAUGUUUUUCUACGGUCACAUCUUCAUCAUCAUCUGGUAUAUUUAAUAUUGUUAUGAUGUCACAUCCUGCUGAAAGCUGCUGGUUGUUUACUGAAUGUGUUUUCUGUCUUGAUGUUAACCAGCGAGGUGCUAAACUUCAACAUCUGUCCUGCUGAGCCCUGCUGAUUUUAUCAUCUUUAAUUAAUGUUUUAUAUUAAAUCAUAUUAUAUUAUAUUAUAUUAAAUCAUAUUAUAUUAUAUCAUAUUAUAUCAUAUUAUAUUAUAUUAUAUCAUAUUAAAUUAUAUUAUAUUAUAUUAUGAUACCUAAUGAUCUUUGUUUUGUCAUAAUGUCACAUAUUGUAAUUACUGUUUUCUACAAUAAAGAACUAAGAAAAAUAAA